GAUAAACGAUAAAUAUCGAUGCUGCGCAACAAGAGUAAAAACAAAUCUACGGAGGAGAUCUCUAAUGAGGAACAGAGCAAACAAAGGAGACCAAAAUGCGCGCGUUGUAGAAAUCACGGUUUAAUUUCUUGGUUAAGGGGACACAAACGAGAAUGUCGUUACAGGGAAUGUCUCUGCCCAAAAUGUUCCCUUAUUGCUGAACGUCAACGGGUUAUGGCUGCUCAGGUCGCUUUGAAGAGACAACAAGCUGCCGAGGAUGCAAUAGCCUUGAGGAUGGCCAAAGUAGCUACAGGUGAAAAAUUAAGCAGACUUCCAGCAGGGAAAAUAUUUGGGAUGUCUGUAACCGAACCAAGAGGAAUAUCUAAUAAAGAAGAAGAAGAAAACGGUAGGGAUAUGAGUCCACGACAAGUUGAUUCUCCGAUGGAAGAUUCUACAAAGAAGAAUUCGACCGAGGAUGGAACAACGAGAUCGUUGAAAAGAGUAAUAAAUGGAUCAAUGGAUAAAGAAGUUUCGGUAUCCCGAAGAUCAGUCGAAACUUUGGCACGUUUAUUUCCUAGGACAAAAUUAUCAGUCCUACAAUUGGUCCUCCAACGAUGUGGACAAGAUUUAUUAAAAGCCAUUGAAUAUUUCGCUAGCGAGAGUCUUGGGAUUGAUUCCAUGUCAAAUACUGAGGUUCCAAUGUCAGCCUUUCGACCACCUCAAACGCAAGUACCAUUGGAUCGAGAAAGAUUGACGAAUGAUCUAGAUUUAUCAAAUAAUAAUUUAUUAUCACCAAUUUCCUCGAAUUUAACUAGAAAUCUUUAUCUUGAAGACGCUUAUCGAUUACUCAAUGUUUUACCUGAUCACGUUUCUAAAAAUAUCACCCCAAAUACUGGACCAACAGUUUAUCCAACAUCGAUGAUCCAUCAUUCCGAAUCUCCAGAUCCUUCAACUUUACCAAUUUCUUAUGACCGAGAAACCGUAGCUUUAACUGUUCGAUACAACGAUUACUUUGCUUCAAGUAUGCAACAACAAUUUAGAGAUCGCGUUUAUGCUCAAGUUACCGAUCGUCUCGCCGAUCAUCUUGCCGAUCAGUUAGCACCAAGAUCAGCUACUUUACAUUUACCACCUGUUUUUCCUGCUAUUCCUUGCGUCCUUCCUAAUUGUACUCAGUGUUCCUACAAUAUACUCUGAGAGAGAGAGAGAGAGAGAUACACUUUUCGAUUAUAAUUAAUAUUAUUUAUUAUCACUUUAUCUACCGCUAACCGAUUAAUCGGUUUUUCGAUUUUUAACACCUGUCCUCCUUUCUGGAAGCAAAUAUUUAUUUAACAAUAUAUAUGUUAUAGGGAAAGUGGGACCUUUAGAGAUUACGAUCUUUUCUUUAAGGCAUCUGAUACGUUAC